AUGUUUCCUAUUUUCUUGGGCCUCCAUAAGCUUCUAGGAAAACCAAUUCCAGUGGGUUCAAACAAUCUUUCUUGGACACUGUUAAAAUUCAUCCAGUCUGAUAGUCAGAAACAUGAUUCUUCUGAUAUUGAGGCCCUGACUGAGAUCUACAGCAAGCUCAGUAUUGCACUUGAUGUGAUGCACGAGUGUUUUGAGCCUGUUGAAGAACCUCACACCAAGAGAGAUCUUCUUAAAGAUGUUAUAUUUAGUAAGGAGUCAGAACUCAACCGUCUUAACUUUCGAGGAUUCUAUACAGUACUUUUGCAAAAGGAUGAUGAAUUUAUUACAGUGGCUACUGUGAGAUAA